GACACAAGGGGACCGCAUCAUACACAAGGGAGAGAAAUAGAAUUGUGAAGCCAUGGACCGACAAGAGUAUAGCCAACAGAAGGAGGAUAGAAGACUCUUAUUGUCCAAAGAAGAAGAGAGGAUUCGUGAUGAGCUUGAAAUGGAAAUAGAAAGAAAUAUGGAAGGAGAGUUCAAGGAUGGGAUCUACAAUCUCGCACUCAAGCUACGUAGGCUGUAUGAACAAAGAAGGGAGAGAGAAGAGUCGUUGGAUGUUUCCUUGAGAAAGAGCAAGAGAGUAUUAGAGGUGAACAUAAGCAUAAAGAUGGAAGGAGAUACCAAGAUUGAGAUCACAGAGAGGAAGAAGGAAGUGGAUAACGUCGAGACGCAAAUAGCAGAGAAACGGGUCAACAGGAAGAAGUGUGAGGCCGGUGAAGAUAAAACAAAAAAGCAGAAGUUGAAGAAUCGAACCAAGGCUCAUGAACUUAGGUGGAAAUGGUAAAACAGAUUGACUGGCCUGAAUUUAUAUGCCUGUAUCUAUAUAUAUGUUUCAAAUUUUUAUCCUUAUUAAACAAGAGUGAAAUAAGAAUUAUGCAUAUACAUCACAUUGUUCAUUGAGAUGGUAAGAGGAAAAUACACAAUCUUCUUGUACUACCAUGUAAAGUUUGAGCUGUUACUAUGAUAUC